AUGGAUUUUACUUCAGAUUUGAGUAGUGAUGUCAAUGGGUCCAGAGAUAGUGGUAGUCACCACAGCUCAAGUUCCAGCUUCCUAGGUAUUGCCAGAAGAUCAGCGAAGACAAUACCUUCUACCGUCGAUAAAUCCAGUGAUAUAGAGUUAAAUAUGUUGAGUGCUUCAGACAGGAAACAGCUUAAAUUAGAGGAGACCAGAGAGAAGUUACUAUUAGAACGUGAAAAGUUGUUGAAAGAGGUUGAUACGUUGAAUAUCGAACUCGAGAACACACCAGAGGGAAUCAAUGAGGAAUUACAACACCCAGAGGAAAUUGAAAAUGGGAAUAUGGACGAAGGUGAGAUCGAUCAUAAUAUGGCCAAGACCUUAGUAGAUUUAAUGUCAAUAUCAUCAAGAAAGAAUAAAUUUGCAAAUAUUGAUGAAGGAAUUCAACAAACUUCUAAUAGAAUCGAUGGGAAUUCCAAGAUGCAAGACGAACUAGCAUCAAAAUAUGAUACUUUGCCUUUACUGAAUAUGAAUUUAAGAUUAAGGUACUUGAGACAAUAUUUGUAUCCACAUAUGAAAAUGGAUAUUAUGGAGAGAGUCAAUGAACAAUCUAACAAGAAGAUUACCGUUUCCAUACGUUUCUUAAGAAAUGUGAAACAUGUGAUCAAAAUCAAAUUUGUAAUGCAAUAUGAUUCAUCCGAAGAGACUUUACAAUCAUUCGAAAUAUCUCAGCUUACACCACCAACAUUAAAUUUAAAUAUGAGAUCAUUCUUAAAAAAACAUUCAAACAAUCCAACUAUAAUAUUAUUUUGUCUUUCUGAAUAUGACAGAUUACUAUGGAAGAGGCAAGAAUUGUUUGAUGGAAUUGCUGAAAAAUUUAAAUCAUGGAUAGAAGAGUCAUUCUUCAAAAACAAAGCUAAUUAUAUGGAUAUUGAACGUGAGAUGAUCCUUAAGAAUACCAAUCAGAAUGCUAAUAUUAUUAGGCUCAUUGUUAAAGUUGAAAUACCAGAAGGCUCAGUUAUACCUCGUUCAAAGGUCAACUUAGAAAUGUACGCUGGAGGAUCAUUGAUAACGACACCUGAUGUGAAUAAGAUGUUAUUUGAGUUAAUGAAAGAGUAUGGCUUGAAAGCUUCUCUCCAGCAUCUUAUACGGGGAGCUCUAUUUCCAUGA